AUGACGGUCGACACGAGUUAUUUGACCACCCAGGUCAACAAUAUAGUUACGCAGCUGCAUGGCAUAUUCGAUGAUAUUGGAGUUCCGAGCCAUGAGCGCGAAACACGAGAGGCGGAGCUCUUCAGUGCUCUGUCUGAGACUCUGAAUAACCAUCUGAAGAUUGUGGACGAUGAGAGAACCAGCAUGACAGAGGAGGCGGAACGACUUAUUACUGCCAUUCAACAAAUGGAGGAAUCUCUAGUGGAUGAGAAAGCCAAUGGACAGUAUCAGCUCAAUCAUGACGAUCUGCGCGUCACAUAUCCCCUCAACCGCUGUCUCUCUUUUCUCCGCGAAAAACAUGGAGCAAUGAGCAAAAUGCACCGGGAGCGCUUCGAACAGGUGAAGAAACUCGUUGAAGCGCUCGAAUCAUACUCUUCCCAUCUAGAGUCCUCUUUUGUGACCAUCGAACUCCCUCCAACAGCACCUGGAUCGUCCAUUGCGCCGAGCUUUGACCUUUCCCCAUCAUAUGUUACCGCGCUAGAUAAUGAAUUUACGAGAGUCUAUGAAGAAUACCACCGUCGCCUUGAAUUUGUCAAGACGACUUGCGAAGAGAUUAUUAAACUUUGGGCCGAACUUGGAACACCUCAGGUGCAGACGGAUACCAAUAUCGUCAAGUAUUACCGCGAGUCUCCUGAGCAGUUGGGCCUCCACGAGUCGGAUUUGGCGAACUUGACGGCAAAGCGCGAGAAGUUGCUGGAAGAGAAGAGAUCGCGCGAGCGCAAGUUGAAGGAGCUUCGAACCGCUGUGGAGUCGUUGUGGGAGCGCUUUGGAGUCGAGGAAUGCGAUAGAAAGGCCUUCCUCGCGGCCAAUCGCGGGUGCGGAUUGCGGACGAUCAACGAAUUUGAAGAGGAACUGGCACGUCUCAAUGAACUUAAAAGACAGAAUCUGCACCUUUUCGUGGAAGACGCGCGCUGCCGACUGCAGGAACUCUGGGAUGGGCUCUACUUCUCCGAAGAAGAAAUGCUUGACUUUACGCCCGCGUUUUCGGAUGUCUACAGUGACGCGCUUCUCGAAGCACACGAGGCCGAAAUUGCCCGGCUGGAGGCGCUGAAGGAGCAACGCGCCCCAACGCUGCAGCUGAUUGAGAGGCAUAAGAGUCUUCUUUCGGAGCGAGAAGCCCUGGCUGCAUCGAGUCAAGAUGCCUCACGUCUCAUGGCGCGCGGAAACAAGGGAGAGAGGCGUGAUCCUGGUAAGCUCUUGAGAGAGGAGAAGAUGAGAAAGAGGAUCGCCAAAGAGUUGCCCAAAGUCGAAGCAGACCUCCGAAAAGAGUUGGAAAGAUGGGAGGAGGAGUAUGGCAGGCCAUUCCUUGUCCACGGCGAGAGAUAUCUUGACGAACUCACCCCAGUCGUUGCCAAACCUCCUCCACGCUCCAAGACACCCUCCGCUCCACCCUCUGCGAAUUCAAAAGCAGGCUUUGGAAGGCCACAACCGCCUUCUCGUCCGGCAAGUGUCAUGAGAGGGCCCCCUCCUCCUCGCUCCGCCACCAGAACGCCCACUGGAAACGGCCAGCCGAAAUACAACACUAUCGGCCCAUCUAGGGCCGGCGCGAAAUCGCCCUCGAAGAUCCCAGCCCGGGUGCCCCUGAGUAACAUGCCUUACGGGAACAAUUCCGCUGGCCAUCGCGCAGCACCAGGCUCUUACUCUUCCAGCACCAUGGGCAAAAUUCCAGCACCACGUGCUCCCCCACCUAGGAUGCGUGCUUUGACGAUUGAUCCCAAAGAGGACAGAGGGCCCUAUUCAAUGGAUCCUCCGAGAUGUGCUAGCGCGAUGUCUAAUGCCUUCGUUCGGCCUGUCAGCCCGGAGGACGUUUAUGACGAUCGCAAUCAGCGAUCGUUCAUGAGCUCCUCUGUUUUCUCGCAGCGAUCUACCGGCUUCUCUCAGUGCUCUCAAUCCUCGGCCUCGUCAAUAUCAUCUGUACCGAAUUUCCCACGACCAAAUCCUUACUUGCAACAUGCGCCUCCUCCACCGGCACCUAGACAGGUUUCAAACUCCUCAACCGUUGAUACGGCCAACACAGGGUCUGAAAACUGGGAAACAUUUGAUGACGGGUCCGAGUCCGAAGCCGAUGCUAGCGAUGUCUACUAUGCCAAACUUCGUGCUGCUCAUAGCAAGCGAUUCGCCCCUGAAGACAACGCAUCUCUUGCGGGAAAAAAGGCCAAGGGUAUCAGGAGCGUUAGCCCAGAGGAGCCGAUUGAUGACCAUCAUGGCCAGAUAGUCAGAGUAGCUGGCAGUGAUGCUGGUUGGACGGACGACAUGGAGGCAUACUAG